GCGCCGCCCCCGCUCCCCCUUUAAAUAGCGCGGCCGGAGCAGCCGUGCAGCCGCCCGCCCGCGCCAUGCGCCCUUGGCGCUGCUCGGCCUGCUGGGAGCCGCCGCGCUGGCAGGUGUCAGUUCCAUGUCAAUGGAAAAAGACCAUGUUGAAGAAAUGGUAACACGAUGUAUAGUGGAAGUUCUCUCUACCGCUCUGUCUAAACCAAACGCUCCACCAAUAAAUCCUCUGUGCAAAGAUAUCCUUAAGAAGAGCGGCAGGCAUAAAGCAGAGAAGAAAAAUGAAAACGAGGAGCAGCAGCUUGAAGUGAGGCAUUUGAAAGAAUCAUCAGAGGAUGAAAAGCAUCAGCAUGCAAGCGUAGAGGAAGAGAGAGGUCAGAAAGAAGCAAAUGAAGAGAAACACCAUCAUGAGGAAGAUGAGAGAGGAGAGGAGAACACACACAAUGGGGAUAGUCAUUCUCAUGAGAAUAGAAUCCAUAACGGAGAAAAAAAGCACCAUCUGGACAUAAGAGGUGAGGAAGAAGAGGAUGAUGAUGAGAAUAGCUAUAAGAGAAAUAACCACAGUAAAGAAGGAAGCAAAGAAAAGAAGCAUCAUGCUGAAGAGUCAGGAGAGCUUCCAGACAAAAGGUCUCACUCUGUAGCUAAAAGCAUGGAGGAGUUCUCUCCUGGGGAUGAUAGACACUCUACGAGUCACAGGGACUCUGAGGAAAAGAUGCACAGCAAUGAAAAGAGAAACCAUGAAAGGGAGGAAGAGGAGGAGGAAAGCAGCGAAAGGAAUCACCAUGAGUCUAAGGAACACAGUUCCUACCAGUACAGAGGGCAUGAAGAAUCUGAGGAGAGUGAAGAAGCUGAGGAAGAAAAACGGCACUACCAACCAAGACAUAAUCACAGAAAGCACAGAGUGGGCGACUCCUCCAAAGAGAGGCGAGAUCAUGAGGGUGAGAAAAGGAACACGCUUGAGGAAUCGAAUGAGGAAGAGAACCGAUUCUGGGAUAAAAAGAAUCACUACCAGAAACACCAUUAUGAAGAGCCAGAGAAUCAUCGUGAGGAGAAGAAGAAUUAUUAUGGGAAACACAGCUCUGAAGAUGUGGAGGAGAAGAGGCACACCAGCCGCGAGAGCGAGGAGUACAGAGAACAGAGAGUACAGAACAAGGAGAACAGUGAAGAGGAAGACAAGAGGCACCACCUUAGUGGGGAAAGCAAGGAAGAACAACAUGAGAAAAAGAGUCACCAUGAUGAACCACGUGAGGCAGCAAGGCAUCACUAUGCUGAAAUAGAAAAGAGACAUGACAGUGAGGAUCAGAAAAAAGACAAUGAGGAUAGUGCAGAGAAAGUGAGGUAUGGGGAGAAGGAGUAUAAGAGUCACUUCCCUGCAGAGAAUGAGAAAAGAGCCACAAUUCGGUACAGUCCCUUCUACCACCUCCAGUGGAAAAGCAGGCACUUGGACAAAAAGGACAACAUGGGGGACCAGAUUCUGGGGAGUGAACAGGAAAGUAGACCCAGCCUGAACGAGAAGAAUUUCUUCCCUGAAUAUGACUAUGACUGGUGGGAGAAAAAGCAACUUCUGGAUGGUCUGAAUCAUGGGCACGGCGAGAAGAGAGAUCUCGGAAGGCUCCACAAACUUGAUAUAAAAAGACAGUAUGACAGGAUGGAUCAACUCGCCCAGCUUCUGAAUUACAGGAAGAAAUCAGCUGAAUUUCCAGAACUGUACAAUUCUGGGGAAGACCUACAAAAGCGUCACACGAUCAGGAGCGACAAGGGAAAUCUCAGCCAGAGGCCUCUGACAGAAGAGGAGGAAAAGAGCUGGAAAAUCUGGCUGCUAUGGAUUGGAACUGCAGAAAAUAGCUGAGAAGUUCAACGAUAACAGGAGGGGAUGAAGACUGUGUAGAGUGGGUAACCCUAGGUGUAGCUUUAUUUACUUAAAAUACCUAUAUUUCUUGGUAAUUCAUUGCCACUGAAGUGUUAUUUACCCUAAGACAGGAAAUGCAGUUACUGUCCACUGAAGUGUAGUGAUUUAUACAGCUGAAAUGUCUUUAAUUGCAAUUAUGCUAUUGAGAUCCAACUAGCAUGAAUUCUAGUACAUAAACUUACGUGUAAGGCAGAUAUUUAAUAUGCUUGUGAAAAUAAUUGUAUUAGUGUUCUUCAGAAAACAUAUUUGUCUGAGUUUGAAAUAAAUAAAAACAUUGAUCUUGGACCAAAAUCCUUCUCCUUGCUUGACUUGUUUUGGUCUAAAUUUUGUGGAUAUUUUCAAAUAACCCAGAUCAGACAAACAGAUUAAAUAAAACACUGAAAUGUA